AUGCCAGUCUUUCUACAUCUGCUUUUAUUUUAUCCACACUUGUCAGUUUACCUUUUAAUCACUUUCCAUCUGUCUAUGUGUCUCUCGGACAUCACAGUUCUGUGCCUCUUCUGGCAUCCGUUUGUAUUGCAAAAUCUAUCCACUCUUCUCACAGCCGUCCAUUUGUCCCGUCCGCCCGUCUCGAUCUCAUCACAGCCGUCCAUUUGUCCCGUCCGCCGUCUCGAUCUCAUCACAGCCGUCCAUUUGUCCCGUCCGCCCGUCUCGAUCUCAUCAUUUGUCCCGUCCGCCCGUCUCGAUCUCAUCACAGCCGUCCAUUUGUCCCGUCCGCCCGUCUCGAUCUCAUCACAGCCGUCCAUUUGUCCCGUCCGCCCGUCUCGAUCUCAUCACAGCCGUCCAUUUGUCCCGUCCGCCCGUCUCGAUCUCAUCACAGCCGUCCAUUUGUCCCGUCCGCCCGUCUCGAUCUCAUCACAGCCGUCCAUUUGUCCCGUCCGCCCGUCUCGAUCUCAUCACAGCCGUCCAUUUGUCCCGUCCGCCCGUCUCGCUCAUCACAGCCGUCCAUUUGUCCCGUCCGCCCGUCUCGAUCUCAUCACAGCCGUCCAUUUGUCCCGUCCGCCCGUCUCGAUAUUCCCCCAGCCGUCCAUUUGUCCCGUCCGCCUGUCUCGAUAUUCCCCCAGCCGUCCAUUUGUCCGUCUUUCUUAA